AUGAGCAGCGGGUACCUGGACAUUGACGAUAUUUUGGCCGGUGACGAGCGCAUCAAAUGCUCGUUCGAGACAGAUGCGCUGGACUGCGGGUACUUGGACCCUAGUUGCAACAGCGCGGGCUUGCCAAAGGGCGCUUCAGUAGAGCUGCCACUUUGGCUCGUCACGACGCUCGCCAGACGCGGUGACGUGACCGUCGAGCCGCCCCAUUUCCUGACCAAACGCUUCCGACGCAUGCUCCAGGCCGGUCCUUCCUCGGUGAAUUUACGCGAGUUUUCCACCCAUCUGCUCCAAGUGGGAAGUUCCCUCAUGCCAUGUGUGAACGAAGACGAGCGAGCCGAGAUGGACGAGAUCCUGCGGCUCUGCUUCGGUGGCGAGCGCUACUGCGCCAUCCUCAAUCACGCCAUGAGCUCGCUCAACGAGGAUACGACCGAGUUCACGAGGAAACUCACGCAGGACGAACAGAAGCUGUUCGACGCUGGUAGUCGGGAUGCCAAGGAGUUUGUGCAGUGGAAAGGACGCAACGCCGAGACCAUCACCGCUCCCGCCGUCAUCGCGCGUUCCCUCAAGAAGCGCAAGUUCCGCUCGUAA